CCUAGGGCUGGGGCUGAGCAGAAGAACAGGAGCUCCGAGGUGUCUGGAGGCCCAUCGAGCCCCGGACCCAAGAGGCCCCGGGAGCCGGAAGUGACCCUCAGCAGGCAGCAAGACCUUGGCGAAAGGACACGAGCCCUCCAGACAGCUGUGUGACACCUCGGGCCGGGGUCCUGGUUGGAGAGAGCGCCUGUGCCCAGGCAGCGGCUCAGAGGCAGCUGCUCCAUGCAGAACUGAAGCUGGUCCUGCAGCAGAAGGGGGAGCGGAAGCAGGAGCCUGGGGCCCAGGAGACUCCCAGCAGAGCAAUGGAGGCCAGAAGCCGGAGUGCCGAGGAGCUGCGGCGAGCAGAGUUGGUGGAGAUCAUCGUGGAGACUGAGGCGCAGACCGGCGUCAGCGGAAUCAACGUAGCCGGCGGCGGGAGAGAGGGGAUUUUCGUGCGCGAGCUGCGUGAGGACUCACCUGCAGCCAGGAGCCUCAGCCUGCAGGAAGGAGACCAGCUGCUGAGUGCUCGAGUAUUCUUUGAGAACGUCAAGUACGAGGACGCGCUACGCCUGCUGCAAUGCGCCGAGCCUUACAAGGUCUCCUUCUGCCUGAAGCGCACGGUGCCCACGGGGGACCUGGCGCUGCGGCCCGGUACUGUGGCCGGCUACGAGAUGAAGGGCCCUCGGGCCAAGGUGGCCAAGCUGAACAUCCAGAGUCUGUCCCCUGUGAAGAAGAAGAAGAUGGUGGUGGUGCCUGGGGCCCUGGGGGCCCCUGCAGACCUGGCCCCCAUUGACGUCGAGUUCUCCUUUCCCAAGUUCUCCCGUCUGCGUCGGGGCCUCAAAGGCGAGGUGGUCAAGGGUCCUGGCCCAGCUGCCCCUGUUCACGGGCGCUUCCAGCUGCCUCGGUUGCGUGUGCGAGAAGUAGCUGAAGAGGCCCAGGCAGCAAGGCUGGCUGCUGCUGCUCCUCCCCCCAGGAAGGCCAAGGCAGAGACUGAGGUGGUGGCAGGACCUCGGUUUACAACCCCUAAGGUGGAGUUGGUUGGGCCCCAGCUGCCAGGUGCUGAGGUGGCUCUCCUUCAGGUCUCAGCCCCCAAGGUGGUUCCCUCUGUAGAGGUGGCCAGUGGUUUUGACCUCCAUCUGCCAACCCUUGGGUUAGGAGCACCGGCAGUACCUGCCGCAGAGCCUCCGCCCAUGGGGAUCCAGGUCCCUCAAGUGGAGCUACCUACCUUGCCCUCACUGCCCACUCUGCCCACACUGCCUUGCCUGGAGACCCGGGAAGGGGCUGCUGUGGUGACAGUGCCCACCUUGGAUGUAGCAGUGCCCACUGUGGGAGUGGACCUGGCCUUGCCAGGCAAGGAGAUAGAGGCCCCAGAAGAGGUGCCUGAGGUGGCUCUGAAGAUGCCCCGUCUCAGCUUCCCCCGCUUUGGGGCUCGAGGGAAGGAAGUUGCUGCAGCCAAAGUGACCAAGGGGAGCCCUGAGGCCAGGGUGAAGGGUCCCAAACUUCGAAUGCCUACCUUUGGGCUUUCUCUCCUGGAACCCCGGUCCCCUGCCCCAGAGGUGGUUGCUGAGAGCAAGCUGAAGCUGCCCACCAUCAAGAUGCCCUCCUUCGGCAUCGGAGCAGUGGGGCCUGAGGUCAAGGCCCCCAAAGGGCCUGAGGUGAAGCUCCCGAAGGUCCCCGAGGUCAAGCUUCCCAAAGUGCCAGAGGCAGCCCUUCCAGAUGUGCAGCUCCCAGAGGUGCAGCUCCCCAAAGUGUCAGAGAUGAAGCUCCCCAAAGUGCCUGAGAUGUCUGUGCCAGAGGUGCGGCUCCCAGAGGUGCAGCUGCCCGAAGUCCCAGAUGUGAAAGUCCCUGAGAUGAAGUUCCCAAAGGUGCCCGAGAUGGCAGUGCCUGAUGUGCGCCUGCCGGAGGUGCAGCUGCCGACAGUUCCAGAGAUGAAGCUCCCUGAGAUGAAACUGCCUGAAGUGAAGCUCCCGAAGGUGCCUGAGAUGGUCGUGCCUGAUGUGCACCUGCCAGAGGUGCAGCUGCCCAAAGUCUGUGAGAUGAAGCUCCCAAAGAUGCCCGAGAUGGCUGUGCCUGAUGUUCGGCUGCCAGAGGUGCAGCUGCCCAAAGUCUCCGAGAUGAAAUUCCCUAAGGUCCCAGAGAUGACUGUACCUGAGGUUCGGCUGCCAGAGGUGCAGCUGCCGAAGGUGUCAGAGAUGAAGGUCCCGGAUGUGAGACUCCCCGAAGUGAAGCUCCCAGAGAUAAAACUCCCUAAAGUACCUGAGAUGGCUGUGCCUGAUGUGCACCUCCCAGAGGUGCAGCUGCCAAAAGUAUCAGAUAUUCGACUGCCAGAAAUACAAGUGCCAAAGGUCCCAGAUGUGCAUCUUCCCAUGGUGCCAGAGGUGAAGCUGCCGACAGCUCCAGAAGUGCAGCUAAAAGCUGCUGGGGCACCGCAGGUAGAGGGGACAGAAUUUGGCUUCAAGAUGCCCAAGAUGACCAUGCCCAAGUUAGGAAGAGUAGGGUCACCGCCACAAGGCACGCCAGGCGAGGUGGGUGGUGAGGUCUUGGGGAAGUUAGUGACACUUCCUUGUCUGCAGCCAGCGGCAGGCGGCGAGGCUCAUGUGGGCACCCCCUCUCUCACUCUGCCCUCUGUGGAGCUGGACUUGCCAGGGGCCCUCAGCCUGGAUGGGCAGGUCCGCGCAGCCGAAGCAGGCAAGGUGGAGCAGCCAGCAGGUGUCAGGGGGGCAGCAGGUGCUGGGAAAGAGGCCUUCCGAGUGCCCUCAGUCGAGAUCGUUACUCCACAGCUGCCCACAAUAGAAGGUGAGGAAGGGCGGCCAGAGAUGGUGGAGAUGAAAGUCAAGCCCUCCUCCAAGUUCUCCCUGCCAAAGUUUGGACUCACGGGGCCAAAGGUUGCAAAGGCAGAGGCUGAGGGGGCUGGACGAGCUACCAAGCUGAAGGUGUCCAAGUUUGCCAUCUCACUCCCCAAGGCUUGGGUGGGGACAGAAGCUGAGGCCAAAGGAGCAGGGGAGGCAGGCUUGCUGCCCGCCCUUGAUCUGUCUAUUCCACAGCUCAGCCUGGAUGCCCAUCUACCCUCGGGCAAGGCAGAGUCGGUAGGGCCUGAAGUUAAGCUCAAGGGGCCAAAGUUUGCUCUGCCCAAGUUUGGGGUCCGAGGCCGGGACACAGAAGCAGGAGAACUAGCACCGGGGGCAGCUGAGUUUGAGGGCAAGGGCUGGGGCUGGGAUGGGAAAGUGAGGAUGCCUAAGCUGAAGAUGCCCUCUUUUGGGCUGGCCCGAGGGAAGGAAGCAGAAGUCCAGAGUGGGCGUGUCAGCCCUGUAGAAAAGCUAGAGUCCAUAGCUGGGCAGCUGAAGAUCCCUGAGGUAGAGUUAGUUACCAUGGCAGGCCAGGGGGAAGCAGGUGUGGAGGGUGCAAUGGCCACCAGCACAGUGCAGCUCUCGGGCAGGCAAACCACAGAGGGCCAUGAUGGGGUGCUGAAGGUGUCCCCACUGGGCAUUUCUCUGCCCCAGGUGGAGCUGACCAGCUUUGGGGGGACAGGCACCCUGGGGCAGCGGGCUGAGAGUACAGCGCCUUCUGCAGAGGGCACUACCAGCUACAGGGUCCAGGUGCCUCAGGUGAGCCUGUCUUUGCCUGGAAGCCAAACACCAGGUGGUGAGCUCCUGGUGGGUGAAGGCGUCUUCAAGAUGCCCACGGUGACAGUGCCCCAACUUGAGCUGGAUGUGGGGCUGAGCCAAGAGGCACAAGCAGAUGUGGCUGCAGGUGAGGGUGGGCUGAGGCUGAAGUUACCCACCCUGGGGGCCCGGGCUGGGGCAGAGAGGGCAGAGGACCAUUCCCCUGGGGCUGAGCGCACCUUCCAUCUCUCCCUGCCAGACGUGGAGCUCUCACCACCCGCUGUGGGCAGCCACUCUGAAUACCAGGUGGCAGAGGGCAAUGGGGAGGGCACGCACAAGCUCAAGGUGCGGCUGCCGAAGUUUGGCUUGGUGCGGGCCAAAGAAGGGACUGAGGAAGGUGAGAAGGCCAAGAGCCCAAAGCUCAGGCUGCCCCGAGUGGGCUUUGGCCAGAAUGACUCAGUCCCCAGAGAAGGUUCUCCCAGCCCCGAGGAGGAAGAAGAGGAGGAAGAGGGCACUGGGGAAGGGGCAUCAGGUCGCCGGGGCCGAGUCAGGGUCCGCUUGCCCCGUGUGGGCCUGGUGGCCCCUUCUAAAGCCUCUCGAGGACAGGGAGAUGAGGGAGCCCCUAAAUCUCCUGUUGGGGAGAAAUCACCCAAAUUCCGCUUUCCCAGGGUGUCCUUAAGCCCCAAGGCCCGGAGUGGGGACCAAGAAGAAGGCGGCUUUAGAGUUCGGCUGCCCAGUGUGGGGUUUUCAGAAACAGGGGCUCCAGGCCCUACUAGGAUAGAUGGGGCCCAGGCUGCAGCCGUGUGAAGCCCUGGACAGGUGGAAACUCUUCUGCUGACCUCCCCAACCCUGCCCCCAUUUUGUGUGUGAGAUUACAAGCACUAACUCUCAGAGGGCUGGGAAGUGGGUGGCUGACCAGGGUAGGGCAGGAGGCCUGCCUUUCUCAUUGGCAGGGGCAUCUGUACCUUGCCAUGCCAUGUGAAUAAAUAAUUCAGAGGUA